AUGUUCUGUGAUGCUGCACCCUUUAUAGAACCCAUCAAUAAUAAUAAUGAUGAAGAAGAGUAUGUUUUUAGAGAUGUAUUAGGCUCUAAAUUUGAAGGUUAUAAUGAAAAAGGGUAUUUAAGUGUGAUUUGGGAGGAAGAUAUGUUGAAAAACAUUCAAGACUGA